AUGAGAAGUGACUCCAUACCAAUCACAAUAUGUCAAGAGAAAAAAGACCCAAUAGAAAUGUUUCAUUCUGGACAGCUGGUAAAAAUCUGUGCCCCAAUGGUUCGAUAUUCAAAGUUGGCUUUUAGAACACUAGUAAGAAAAUACUCUUGUGAUCUGUGUUAUACACCAAUGAUAGUUGCUGCUGAUUUUGUCAGAUCUGUAAAAGCCAGAGAUAGUGAAUUUACCACAAACCAAGGUGAUUGGCCAUUGAUUGUUCAAUUUGCUGCUAAUGAUGCAAGACUUUUAUCUGAUGCUGCUCAAAUAGUCUGCCCCUAUGCAAAUGGAAUAGAUAUUAACUGUGGUUGUCCUCAGAGGUGGGCAGUGGCAGAAGGUUAUGGAGCUUGCUUAAUAAACAAGCCAGAGCUCAUUCAAGAUAUGGUGAAACAAGUAAAAAAUCAAGUGGGAAAUCCUAGAUUUUCAGUUUCAAUUAAAAUAAGGAUCCAUGAUGACCUUACAAGAACUGUAGAUCUUUGCCAGAAGGCUGAAGCAACAGGAGUGUCCUGGAUUACAGUUCAUGGAAGAACCAUUGAAGAAAGACACCAACCAGUCCACUAUGAUGCCAUUAAAAUGAUAAAGGAAAGUGUGUCUAUACCUGUAGUUGCUAACGGAGACAUAAGAAACUUGAAAGAAGCAGAAAAUGUGUGGCAGAUGACUGGGACAGAUGGUGUGAUGGUUGCAAGGGGACUUUUGUCAAACCCAGCUAUGUUUGCUGGAUAUGAAGAAACCCCGCUGAAAUGUAUCUGGGACUGGGUUGACAUCGCUCUUGAACUUGGAACUCCUUUUAUGUGUUUCCAUCAACAUUUAAUGUACAUGAUGGAAAAGAUAACAUCAAGGCAGGAAAAAAGAGUAUUUAACGCUCUGUCAAGCACAUCAGCAGUCCUGGAUUACCUUACAGACAAUUAUGGUGUUUGACUCCACUUUCUAAACCAUUGUAGUAUAUACGUUAUAUCUACAUGGAACCAUAUGACGUCACAUCCUGGUAUUUCUUUUAAGUCUGUGUUUAAGGCUUUCAACUUCAGUACCAGGGGAUCCAACACCUUCUUCAGGCCUCCUCAGGCACCAGCCAAGCAUAUGGUACACAGACAACAUUCAGCCAAAAUGCAUAACUUUUUACACUAAAAUUAAAAAAAGAAAAAAUCAGUUCCUAUACCCUUCCUCAUGCAUUCCACUUGAGUAAAUUUUGAAUGGACCCAGAAGUUUAGUUUUAAAGAAUCCAAGAGGUUCAGACAUCCCACAGUCCCAAAUCAAAUACUGAAAAACUUUGCUCUGAAUCUUUAUGAAGUGUGGUGUGUGUGUGUGUGUGUGUGUGUGUGUGUGUGUGUGUGUGUGUAAUU